AUAGCCCGCCACAUAAGGCGCUCAGACGUCCCGCCACACGAACUGAAAGUAUAACCUGCGCCGCGUCUCCAUAGCAACAGCAAUGCCUUUGAGAAUCCACGCCCACUUUCCUCCGCAGCGUCUUGGUCCGCAGGCGCAUGGAAGAUUAAUGUUUAGGUGAUAUUGACAAAUCGCCCAUUGACUGAUAUGGCUAUAAGGGGCCACAAGGGACUUCAGCAAUUGUUAAGCAUGGCAAAAUCCGUAAAUUCUUUUUUGGGACCCAUGAAAUCAUACAAGUUUGUGUUUGACCAAACUACUCAUGAAAGUAUAUUGACUUGUUCUGCAUUUCGACUUCUGGAAAAUCUGGAUCUUACUAGCGCUGUUGGACAACUUUUUAAUGAAACGAUUCAGGCACAUCAAAAAAGCUAUAAAACUGGAACAACGACUUUGUUCUUCAUGGUUGGUGCAUGGAGCAGUGCUGUACAGGAAUGUUUACACCUAGGGAUCCCUGUUUCAUUAAUCGUUUCUGUUAUGUUGGAAGCAUUAAAUUCAUGCAUUGGGCACGUUGAAUGCUUACAGGUAUUUCUAAGGUCCCAGGCAACUAGUGACUGCACAAAUAUGAAGGCGCAUAGCAUUGACUGUAUGCGUUUUUCAGCCUCAGGGGAUCAAGUCAAAUGUUCUUCAGAACAAAAAAACAUUUCAUUACCUCAUGUUUCUAAUGUAAGGACAACUUUUGAGUGUCCUGCAGCGUUCCGUAAAGAAAUGUCCCUGCAAUAUACUGGCACAAAUGUUCCUAAAACUCAAACUUAUCAGAGGAAAAGGCUGUUUCACAGCAGGCACUUAGCUGAAGAGUUAAGUUCUUUCCGGGAUGUGUCUGAAAAGCCUCAAACAUCUACAUUAAAUAAUGAAACCCUGGAUGGUUUGGCUAAAGGCUUGGCUCAUGGUUACCAGCCAGUUAUGGACCUUGUGAAAAAAGCAGUUAUUCUACAAUGUGCAGAGAUUAAAGAAAACUUAUUAGAUAAAAGCAGUUUCAACAUCUCUAGACUUGAGACUUGCAGUUUACCAGGUUUGUCCGAAGAGCACACAACUGUAUCUACUGGAUACACUACUUUAGUCCCACCAGAGAGUGCUGUUGCCAUUGCACAUCUAAAUGGGCAGCCACUUAGAAUCCUUCUUGUAGAUGGGGAAUUAACUGAAAGGCAUCGUCAUUUGGGCUUUAACAAUCCAGACAACAUUAGAAUGGUGUUUGAAUAUGCUGGCAAUGAAAAACAUAAUUUAGAGGAUUCUUGGAUUGGUAGGGCAUAUGAAAAAAUUAUUCAAGCUAAUAUAAACUUAAUUUUAGUAAGGGGUGAUGUUUGCCCAGUUCUUCUAAAACAGUGCAUUCAUAGAAAUAUCCUUAUUGUUACCCAAGUAAAGCAGAAUAUUCUGCAAGCGUUUUCUGAAUGCACUGGCGCAGAACCUGUGACAUACCUAACUCAAAUGAACACCUGCUCUGUGGGGAAUGAGGCCUUUGUCACGUUGUGCACUAAAGCAAACUCCAUAAUAGAAGUAGGCCAAAAAAUAGUUAUUUCUAUUAAAGCAAAGAAACUAAACCUGAUAACAACUAUACUCAGCAGCAGAACACCAGCUACAAUGCAGGCCAUAGAAGAUCAAUUUUGGACAUGUGCAUACAGGUUACAUCAUGCUCUUCACGAGGAAAAGGUGUUUUAUGGAGCCGGAGCCAUUGAACUUUUGUGUAUUAGCCACCUUCAGAAGCUUGUACAAGAUCCCUUAAAGUCUUACAAAGCAAAUGACAGUACCCAAUUCCAUUGCCUCUCAUCAUGGAUGACUGAAAGUGCAGCUUAUUACAGAGCACCAAUUAUCAGAUGCCUUGCCAAGGGCUUGUACAAGUAUAUUUCUGUUCUUCUUUGCAACAUGGGCAAAUUUCUUUCAGAAUUGGAUUCUGUGACAUUUAUAGAGAAUGAACUUCAAAAUAUAAUCCAAAACUCUUCACCUACUGACUACAUUCGUGAUGAGUACUCUAAAAAAGUAUUAUUUAUUGAUGGUAUCGGCAUUCCUGUCACAUCUCAAAGUUUACCAGUGUAUGAUAAUGUUAUACCAAAGCAGGAAGCAUGGCGCAGAGCUUUGCAUUUAGUUCUUAUGGUGCUUCAGACAGAUGCUGAAGUCAUUACCAAUUCUGCUGUACAUAACCAGAUACUUUUGUCAGAGAGUUCAAAUGGAGAAUACCUAUUUCUAUAGCUCUGAGAACAAGAAACUUUGCAUUUGGACUUUAUGAAUCCUUAGUUUUAAGCACAGAAACACUUGAUUUCCUGAUGCCUUCUAUGUUUUAGAGCAGUGGCUCGUGAGCAACAUGUUGCUCCCCAAGCCCUUGGAUGUUGCUCCCAGUGGCCUCAAAGCAGGUGCCCAUUGUUGAAUUCUUGGCUUGGAGGCAAGUUUUGGUUGCAUAAAAACCCAAUAUAAUGCCAAACAGAACCUUCUGUAGGCUGCCAGUCCACAUGGGGCCUAUUAAAUUGUCAAUUAUAGCUCUUAUUGGCACCCCCAGGAACCUUUUUCAUGCUUGUGUUGCUCUCCAACCCUUUUUUCAUUUGAAUGUGGCUCACGGGUAUAAAAGGUUGGGGAUCCCUGUUUUAGAGUAUAAUUUUUUGAUAAGAGCAGACAUUAGUGCUUAUCAGGGGCUCAAUUUAGCAGCUUCUAAACACCACAUAAGUCAGAAACUGAUUCUCCCUGAUUUUAGGGAGACUGCUUUACUCUUUUCAUUUGUUAUUGCAGUUAUUAAAAGCCAUUAAUUUUUUUGUGUCUAUACUGCUUCAGUCAUAAUUAAUAUGAAAUAAAUCUAAACCGAAUAUGAACAGUAACCCCCUUGAACAUCUUUAAUUGAAAAUUGGCAUCUAAGGGCAAUAAGACAUUAGUGGUUUUUUCAUUUGCAGGAAAUCAGUCCUAUCACUGAAAUUGUUAUUGCUGUAUGUGUAAUACUUUACACUUUACAUCUGAUUUACAUCUGAUUUAAUUUAUUCUGCCCCCUCCCAGGAUUUAUAUAUUCUACCUUUGUUCGCAAGCUGAGUCCCUGGGAUAUCCUGCAGCUGCCAGCCAAUAAAGAUUCUUCCAGCACUACUAAUAUAGGUAUGGGAUAUAUUAUCCAGAAUGCUCAGGACUUUGUGUUUUCCGGAUAAGGGGUGUUUCCAUAAUUUAGAUCGCCAUACCUUUAGUCUACUGUUUUACCUUUUUAAGGAUUAAUAAUAUCUAGUUGGAAUCAAGUCCAAUGCACGGUCUUAUUACAGAGAAAAAAAGAAAUCAUUUUUAAAAAUUUGAAUUAUUUGAUUAAAAUGGCGUCUAUGGGAGAUGGCCUUCCCAUAACCUGGAGCAUUCUGGUUAACAGGUUUCUGGAUAAUGGAUCCUGUACCUGUACUACAUACUUUUAUCAGUGAUUAUCAUUUACAAUUUCCAUUAUCCUCUACAUGUUGCUGUCAUUUUUAGUGAUUAAAGUUAAACCUUAUGCAUUCCCCUUUGGCAUUUUGAUGUUAAUAUGCAGUUAGUUUACAUGCAUUACAUCUUCUUCUGUGCAUUUUCCAUACUCCUUUUUCUGCUCCCUAUUGUUUUGCAGUAUUGCAUCUAGAAUUUAUUUGUCAGGGAACACAUUUUUUCAAUAUCUUUUUAAUACUUUUAACUUUGUGUAUUUACAAAUUUUGAAUGGACAAUUUCAAAUGAACCUAUCAAUCCUGUUUGUUUCCUGUGAUAUUGUGUAAAGACAUACCCUCCUGGAUAUCAAAGUAAAAUAGGGCCCAUGGGUAUUGUGUUGCAUAUAUUAUUACAAUAGCCAAAAAUAAAGCAAACCUAAUUUAUUUUA